AUGGCCAAUACGGGCUUUGCUGCGUCCUUUUGGUCGCAAGACUAUGCGGGUGGCCUCGGAGUGCUGUUUGGAAAGCUGCAGCAGGGCGUGCAGGAGAACCAGCAGAUCCUCACCGUUGCCCGCCUGCGUGCCGACGCCGAGGAAGCAUAUGGCACCAGCCUCUCCAACAUCACGCCAACCACCGAGCGCAUAACCGGAGGCUUCUCCAAAGAUGAGGGUGCGAGCGUACGAAAGGCCUAUGACGGCGUGCGCGCUGAGAUGGAGGCUGCUGCGUCUAACCACAACAAGAUCGCCUCGAACAUCCGCGAACUCGUCGUGAACCCUUUCGGCCGCUGGUGCGAGGCGCAUGCUGCCCGUGUGCAGACCUCGCAGGACGACCUCCAAUCGCGCAUUAAGAUCCACGACCGGCAGGCUGACGCCGUGCGCAAGUUCCGCUCGCAGUACUACAACAAGUGCCGACUGGUGGAGGAUCUGGAAGAGGAGGAUAAGCUGGCUUUCCAAGAUCCCCAAAGUGAGGUCCUCGCGAGUCCCAAGUCAAAGGUCCCCACGAUCAAGAUGACGGAGCCUGAGGAGAUGGAGGAGGAGCCCAUCGAUCUUGGCGACGAGACCUACCAGCCCGAGCAGAUGACGAAGAUCCUGACGCACAUGCUGGAAACUAUCAAGAUUGGAGAAGUCAAGGUCCCCAUCAUUGGAACGUACCAGAACUGCUCCAAUGGCGCCGACAUCACCGAAUAUAUCCAAAAGCACCUUGGCGCAACCAGUGUCAGCUAUGCAGAGCGAAUUGGCCAGGACAUGGUCACUCACGGCUUCUUGCGUCUCAUCGGCAACGUUGGCAACACCUUUGCAAACAGCUCUCGCAUGAAUUACCAGUGGAAAACUAAAGUCUUCACCAUCACAGGCGUUCCCGAGAAGAAGACACCCCUGGGACGCGCAGGCACUGCGGCAUCUACAAUGUCCAACGACAGCUUCGCCGUGGAUUCACCGGGCGGCGUUGUGCAGGAGUACCUCCAGGGCUGGAACCCGCUCAACAACCAGCAUCCCAACGAGACACCGCCAGAGAGGCUGCGACGAGAGGCUCGCGAGUCCGAUGAGCGGUACAAGGCCGCCGUCAAGAAGCUGGACUCUCUGCGAUGCAACUUGGAGGAGGCAAUGAUUGACCACCUGAAGUUCAUGGAGCGCUGCGAGUUGGACAGGCUAAAGGCCAUCAAGGCUGUCAUUCUCGACUUCUCAGGCGCUGUCAGCAACGUGAUUCCCAGCUUGCAGAGCACGGUCGACAAGAUGAUGCUGUUCCAGGAGACUGUUCAGCCUCUCGGCGAUCUUCGUUACAUGCUGGAAAACUACCGCACUGGGCCAUUCGUGCCCAAGGUCACGACUUACGAGAACUACUACAACUCGGUCGACGAGCAGACGUUUGGUGUUGAUCUUGAGGCUCGAGCUCGCUCGGACAAGAAGCGUGUCCCUGUCCUGAUCACGACAAUUCUGACUUUCCUCGACAACCACUACCCAGAUCUCGAGGGCGACGAGGCUCGUCGUGGCAUCUGGCUGGUUGACGUACCGCUGGCUCAGACACACAAUCUGCGAGCUGCCAUCAACACCGGCAAGAGGUUCGAGGACGACAUCCUCGAGAAGUACGAUAUACCCAUUGUUGCAAGCGUUCUGAAGCUUUACCUCCUUGAACUCCCCGAUUCGCUUGUCUCAUCGCACGUUUACGAAAUCGUCAAGACCAUCUACAGCACUACCGCAACGGAUGUGGACGAAGCAACACGAGUUGCAGUCCUUCAAUCCACGCUUGGUCAGCUUCGUCUCGCCAACAUUGCGUCGCUAGACGCAAUCUGCACCCACUUCACUCGCCUGAUCGAGUUGACUUCAGCUGACGAGACCUACGUUGCUGCAUUGGCAAACGCUCUUGCUCCCUGCAUUCUCCGUCCAAGACUGGAGAACACCCUGACCAUGAAUGAGCGCUACAGCUACCGGCUUGUGCGCGAUCUGUUUGCCCACAAGGACGCCAUCUUUGGAGAGUUGAAGCGAGCCAGCACACUCACUCACUCUGCAUCUGGCUCGCAGCGCCCCCGCGCCAUCUCGACAGACGAGAGUAAUCGACGUGCCAACAUGGAGGAACGCCAACGAGCGAUUGCUGCGCAGCGAUCUCCUCGAGGCGUCUCACCUGGCCCCAGCAACCGCAGCAGCGGCUCUCACCGCCGUGACCGCAGUCAGACACGCUUCCCUGUGAACACGGCUAACUCGCCCACGGAAUCACGGAAGGCUCCUACCAACCGUGGGUCUCUGGAGGUUCCCGACCCUGACAGUCCCAGCGCUGCCGCUAGUGCUGCUGCCGCUACUACGAAUGGCACAUCAGACAACGCAUCUGAUGCGUCCCCGCCCUCGGCAGUGGCUGCUCGCUCGGCAGAGAUGCACGAGCCCACUCCCUUCUCACCCGUUGAGCACCCAGCGCCGUCGAGCACACGUGUGCCACUAGCACUCGGCGGCAGGAAGCACGCAGGAAGCCUGGCGAGAGGCAACCGAGACUCGAUGGGCAGCCUCAAGAGGGGAGGCAAUCGCGACUCGACUGGUAGUCUCAGGAGCCUCGCAAAUGCCAACGAGGACGGCGGGCCAAGCGGCGUAACGCUCGAGGACCCUGCGCCCCGGGGAGUGACGCUGGAGGACAAGCCCAUGGAUGACUAG